CAUGACACCAAAUACCUUAAAGCUUGUAGACUCAGAAGAGUUUCUGAAGUCGACUAACGACACUGAUCGUCACUACCGAUUCAUCCAGUUGACAAAUGGACUAAAAGUUUUGCUUGUUAGCGACCUUGCAACAAAGACAGCUGCAGCGUCACUCUCAGUUGCUACAGGAGGAUCGCGGGAUCCUGCGACUGUUCCCGGAUUGGCUCAUUUUUUGGAGCACAUGUUGUUCUUGGGAACCGAGAGAUAUCCGAACGAGAGGGACUACUCCAAUUACAUAACUUGCCAUGGAGGUAGCUACAAUGCCUCGACGUAUUACAACGACACCAACUAUUACUUCAGUAUAUCAUCGGAACACUUAAAAGGUGCGCUGGAUCGAUUCAGUGCGUUUUUUACAUGUCCUCUCUUCACUGAAAGUUGCACUGAACGUGAGAUGAAUGCUGUGCAUGAAGAGUUUCAGAAGAAUCUGUUGAAUGACCUUUUCAGAGAGAACCGAUUGUUUUACUCUCUGGUUUCAGCAGACCACCCUUUGAAUAAAUUCAUUAGUGGAAAUAAACAUACUUUAACUGAUGUUCCAAAAUCGCAUGGCGUGAAUGUGCGUGAAGAAUUGUUUAACUUUUAUUCCACACAUUACUCUAGCCAUUUAAUGACCUUGACAAUUGUCGGGAAGGAAUCCUUAGACGAUUUGCAGUCUAUGACUCAGGAAUAUUUCAGUGACGUCAAGAGAAAUGAGACCGCAGAAGUUUUAAAACUCUCUAGUCCUUUUGAGGGCCCCAGUCAAGUGAUGAAGGAGAUACACGUAGUUCCGAUGCGAGACAAGAGGAUACUGGAACUAAGUUUCAAUGUUCCCUACACUCUUUCUCACUACAGAUCCAGCCCCGACUACUAUGUCUCGCAUCUAAUCGGUCACGAGGGAUGCGGUAGUCUCCUCAGAUACCUCCAACAAAGCAACUGGGUCUUGUCUCUGAUGUCUUAUAACGACAAUAAUGACUACGCUUUUGAGACUUUUUUUGUCAGCAUGGAGUUGACAGAUGAAGGAUUAGAACACAUGUAUGACAUAGUGACUGCCUUUUUCCAAUAUGUGAAGAUGAUGCGUGAAGAGGGACCACAGAUAAGAAUUUACGAAGAGCUGAAGAAAAUGGCCGAGUGGUCGUUCCGCUACAAAGAGAAGGCUUCCGAAGCGGCACUGGCCAGUCGAUGCUCCAAACUGCUGCACUACGAUUUCAUCCCAGUCGAACAUGUGCUGAAGUUCGGCCUAUUUUACGACCAGUUUGACAAGGAACUCAUAGAAGAGUACGUGAAGUGUCUAACUCCACAGAAUAUGCGUAUGAUAGUCAAGGCGAAGAAGUUUGAAAAGACUGAAGUUGAUCUGCAAACUGAACAUUACUUUGGUACCAAGUAUAGUGUAAAGGACGUUCCUCAGGAGUGGGUUGAAAAAUGGGAGCAGUGCGAGUUAGUUUCUGAGCUGUAUUUGCCAGAGCCAAACCCAUUCAUACCCGAUAACUCUCCGCCAGACCAACUUGAUGACAAACUGCCGGCAGAGGAACCCAGUGUUCCCGAGUUGGCGUACAACAGUGAAUUAUGUCGUCUGUGGUACAAACAGGACGAUCGUUUCUUCGUUCCAAAAGCAGUGUUCGAGUUGGUGUUUCGCAUCCCUAUGAUGCUAUGGCAUCCCCGCUACAACAUCCUGGCCAAUCUGUUCAUACGACUGUUGCAAAAUGACUUACAACAGUUGAUAUACGAAGCCGAACUGGCCGGAAUAUCGUCAGGAGCAGCUCAUUGGCAAAACGGAUUCGAACUUACUUUCAAAGGUCUGUCUGAAAAGAUGGUUCUUCUGGUGAAAACAGUAGUAGACCAAAUGUGCAGUUUCAACCCAGCAGACGAAGAGAAGUUCAACUCAUAUAAAGACCUGUACGAACGCUCUCUGCAGAACGCUCUCUUAGCCGAACCGUUCAAGCUAGCCUCCAGUCUGGCCAAUUUGGCUUUACUCUCUAAUUUCUACUCGGUGGAAGAUAUGCUUUGUACGAUAUCGCGAUGUAACUUCGAGGCCUUGCAGUUGUUUGUACCUCAGAUGUUGUCAUGUGUUCACGUGGAGAUUUUGGCGCAUGGUAAUGUGAAAAAGGAAGAGGCUAUUGAACUGUGUCAGUAUCUGGAGGAUACUCUGAAGACAAAGAGAAACUCAAAACAGCUUCUGAUGUCUGAGAAACUAUUUCGACUUCGUUGCAUCCAAAUACCAGACAAGAGUGAAAUCAUAUAUGGCGAGAGGAGUAUAGCUCAACCUACUCAUGCAUUGUGCACGUACUUGCAAGUGGGACCUCAGACUGAUAGAAGCAGUGCUCUAGUCGACCUCUACUGUCAGAUAUGCAGUGACCCUUUCACGGCUCAAGUCAGAACUCAAAAACAGUUGGGCUAUGUCAUCUUCUUCAAUUCCAAAAGAGUAGCCGGAAUCCAAGGUCUCUUUCUCCUGUUGCAGUCUUCCUCUCCGGUCCAUGUAUGUGAUGCAGCUUUUGAGCAGUUCCUAGAAUGUGUUCCCAGUAUAAUCGAGAAGUUAUCGGAAGAAGAAUUGGCUGAUUUCAAAAAAGGUCUCGAAAAGAUGUAUCUGGAGCGACCUAAGAAACUAUCGCAAGAAGCCUACCGAUACUGGAGUGAAAUCUUAUCAGGGAGCUACCAUUUCAAGAGGUACUCCAGUUUCGCAGAGGAACUAAGAACGCUUUCGAAACAGGAACUGAUUGAGUUCCACAAUAGACACGUGGCUAAAGGAGCUCCUCACAGACGAAAACUCUCGUUGGCUUAUUUACCUGCCUUAAAGGAAUCGGAAUCUCUACCUGAAGAAGAUGAAAAGAAAGAUGUAGGCGCUGUGUUUGCCGAGCUUGCAAAAUGCGGAAGUCCAGAUUGGCUGCCGAAUGGAGCUCAGAUAGGUGUUCAAAUGGAACUGUGUUCUGAGUCGAAUGUGGACAGCGGUGAAACUGAAAUAGGACCUGCGGGAGACUUGCCGUCUAAAGUCAAUGGAUUGUCACUCGAACAUGAGUCAUCAGGCGACAAGAAAAAUGAGAUAUUUGAGGUGGUCACGUGUCUGGACCGAUUGAAGUCUAAACUGAGUUUCUACCCAGUCACUCAACCUCGAUUAGACUUCGAAGUCAAAUGAGGUUUUGGUGAAAUGGUGUGUCGCAAUUUUAUUCGUCCAAGUGCGAAAAAUGCAUCGAUGUUAAGCUAACCUAAUCAAUCCUCUCUUCAUGGUGCUCAAAGAGUUAAGCAGUAAUCUUGUAACUAAUUUGGGUGUUCAGUCAUCAAAUUUUUCUCAUAAUCGCUAUCAUAAAUAGAUAGAUAGUAAUGUUUAGGGCAUUCUGUAAAGCUCAAUGUGUAACUGCCAUGGCUCUCAAAUGAGCAAGAAAACUGUUAAUAUAUAUAAUCUUUCAAUUUUUAGUUUAUAUAUAAAGUUGAAAUUUUUUGAAAUUUAUUUGAAU